AAUUGUUUUCUCAACUCCCUUCUAAUCCUGUUACCUUUCACUUUAAGAGCACUCCCGAUUGAACCUGCUUCCACCACACGUUCAACGAAGUCGCCAGUGAACACCCGUGAUACGUUUUGUUUUUUGUUUGUGAAAGGGGGGCGUUUAUUUUGUUCAUGUCCCAUGAGUCAGCCAAUAGUCAAAGGGCUUUUUCUUUCACGGAGGCAGGUUCCGCGUCAGCUUGUGUUGUCUGAACGCGGACAUGUCUCCGAAACAGCUACUGGCUGGCCUCCUGUUUGUCGCUCCUUUUACCGACUGGAGCCCUGGCUUGCUGCUGAAUGUGCUGCUGCUGCUGGUUUUCAGCUGGUGGCUCCGUGCCCCGGUCACUGAAGGGAACACGGACCAGCUGGACCACAGGCCGGAUCGCGGGGACCAGGCAUUGUCUGAGACAACGGAGGAGCUGGUGGAAGAAGGACAACCUCAUGAUCAUGUGGAUGUACUUGAUGGCAGAGAGCAGAAUUCAAUUGUGCUUGAUCCAGGCCUUCGACAGUCCCUCAGGAAAGUGUUUGACUGCAGUUACUCACAGUUCAUCUUGUUAUGGUACAAUCCACCCGAACCCCGAGAUGAUCAGCCACUCUACCAAGUCCUGUUCCAUGAGUUUACCUCAGCUGUAGAUCAUGCAGUCUUGAAGAUCAGGAAUCUGGACCUCACCAGAAUAGAAAUUGGAUUGAUUCAAACACUUGCCAAGCAUUUGAAAUCUGCCAAGAAGGGAAAGGAGAGGGAGAAGAUGUUCCAAACUCGACAAGAGGAGGUCUUUUUCCUGAGGAAGGCUGCAGAAACCCUGAUGUGGAAUCUAGUUCCGGAUUCAUUGUGGAAAUUAAACACUUAUCAACAACUACUGAAGGAAGUUAUUGCACUGAAAGUUUUGGAGGAAGUGAUAAACAUGGUCUGUGAUCCGGAUUUUAUCAAUCAGACAUUGAUCAAAUUUCUGGAUAAAGAUUCAGGUGAAACUAAAGAAGUUAAAGACAUUGAAAACCCUCCCCAGAAAACGGGAGCAAGUAAUGAAAUCAAAAAUUGUAAUAUUCCUAAGGAAAACAAGAAAAAGAAAUCAUACAGAAAGGCAUUCAAUUCAAAGCUUUCAAAAAUAUUUAAGAGAUCCAAAAAGAAGGGUGCUGAAACCAGUUCAUCAUUUGGCCACACAGAUGAAGUUGAUGGAGAGUCUUGUUCUGAACUUGAAGCUGUUGACCAGAACUUUAGAUCAUUUUCUACUGAUGUGGAAGACAUCACGGAGGACAGUGUUGACGAUUCUGCAGAAGAAGAAGACAUCAAAUUUGCUGAUGAGAUGCUUGAAUGGCUGAAAGAAAACCUUCUUAUUACCACUGAAAAUGAAGAAUCAUCACUAAGAAACUGCAAGAUCACUAUUUCAAUGGUACUUUGGAACGAAAUAGAGAAUCCAACUUGUGUGAUAGACGUAGAAAACGUGCAAGUUGCAGAGGAAUGCUGGUCUAUUAAGAGAGAAUACCAUGAAUUUGAGGAACUUCAGAACGAACUCAGUAAGACAUUCGACACUUUGGUUGAAACAAAACUGCCAUCAAUCAAUUGUGUGAAACCUGACACCAUUGACGAUAAAUUCAAGGAAGCCAUUGAAUGUCAACUAAAUGGAUUUUUAAAGAAGCUGGUGACUGAAGAGUCCAUUUUGCAUAACGAGAGUACCCGCAAAUUCUUCUCGGCCAAUGAUGAGCUUCGGGAAUACUGGGGGCUACUAAAAUCUCUGUUCAACGAGGAUGAUGAGGUGAUUUGUGCAGCAAGUGAUACUUCAGAAGACCCAUGUAACACUGAUGUGGGUGAAGAUGAGCCUUUGGAAACAGAUCCAGAAAACACCGAUAUUUCGAACCAUAAGUCUGUAGAAUCACUACCUUCCAAAAUACUUAGUGAAGACUCUGAAUCAGAUUGUGGCUUCAGAUUGCUGUCAGGUACUUCUAAAAAGAAAGUUGCAGGUGGAUUCAGCAUUUCCUGCAGGAAGAGGAUAAAUGGACUAUCUUGGGGAAAGAUUCCACAAACUUCAGAGCAGACAGAAUGCCUCACGAAUGAGGUUCAGAAGCUCUUGGAAGAAUUGUUUUGUACAGAUGAUUAUUUUCUCAACAAAUUAUUUCUGAGAGCUGCAUUAAACUUUCUCCGGACAUACAAGAGGAAAUAUAUUCAGAAAAGGCUGGACCAGUUCUUCAGUAAGGAACAGAUGGUUCUGUAUGUGGACUGUCUCAGAGAGACAUUGUGGCCCAAUGGAAAACCUGCGGGGCCACCUCCAGUAAGAUCCCUUGAAGAGAAAACCUCUGCUAAAGAAAGAGCUGAGGAACUACUACAGGAGAAAGUUUCAGCUUUAAAAAUACCUUCAGCUUUUUUUCCUUUUAAAGAAAUUAUGCAACGUUUGUUACCCAUAUUUCAAGAUGUGGAAAUUAAUAAGAGACUUGUAUAUAACAUGCUGAAGUUUUUGUUGUCUGAAAUCACAACUGGGGUAAAGGAGUCAUGGAAACCUGAUGUGAUACCUUGUUCGAGAAGAUUAAAUGACAAUGAGCUAAAUGAUAAACCACUGUGAGAGCAACCAAAUUGGAAAAAAAAUUGCCUUGAAACAAAUGAUGAUAUUCAUAAACAAUGGAAAAUGUUAGGGGGAUGCUGUUCUUCUGCAGACUACAGAGGUUCCCCCAACUCAUUUGACAGCUUCACAAUGAAAUGACGAUGAAAUGUUUUAUAGAUAUUUUCUAAUCAAUCUGUUUACGGAUAUUAGAACACAGCUCUGGAGCAGGUGCUACUUGAGCCAGAGAUAGGGAUACUACACAAGUCCAUGAAAUGCUUUCCAAGCUUGUGGGAUUGGCAAAGCUUAUUCAUCAAUGAAUCCACUUCUGUGCCAGAUAUUGAUACAUGUAUCUUCCGGGUUUGUUUUUAAUACUUCAGGAUUAAUGACCACUUGUGACUCCAUACUGUUUGCUCUACAUUGGUAGACAAUCCACAAACACUUUAAACAUAGUGUUUACACAAAGAAUUGAGUUCUUUCUAAGGCAUGUUUUCAAGUCAGUUAAGCGGCAUGGUGGCUCAGUGGUUAGCACUGCUGCCUCUCAGCACCAGGGUCCCAGGUUCAAUUCUAGCCUUGGGCGACUGCCUGUGUGGAGUU